AUGCGCGAGAUAGUACAUCUACAGGCCGGCCAGUGCGGCAACCAGAUCGGAGCCAAGUUUUGGGAGGUGAUUUCGGAUGAGCACGGGAUCGAUCCAACGGGCACGUAUCAUGGCGACUCGGAUCUGCAGCUGGAGCGAAUAAACGUCUAUUACAACGAGGCGACGGGCGGCAAGUAUGUGCCGCGUGCGAUCUUGGUGGAUUUGGAGCCCGGUACGAUGGACGCGGUCCGCGCGGGGCCUUUCGGCCAGAUAUUUCGACCGGACAAUUUCGUGUUCGGCCAGAGCGGCGCCGGCAACAACUGGGCCAAGGGCCAUUAUACCGAGGGCGCGGAGCUCGUCGAUUCCGUCCUGGAUGUUGUGCGUAAGGAGGCCGAGAGCUGCGACUGUCUCCAGGGAUUCCAGCUGACGCACUCGCUGGGCGGCGGCACCGGCGCCGGCAUGGGCACUCUGCUCAUCUCGAAGAUCCGCGAGGAGUAUCCCGACAGGAUCAUGAUGACCUUCAGCGUGGUACCCUCGCCGAAAGUAUCGGACACCGUGGUGGAGCCUUACAACUGCACGCUCUCGGUGCACCAGCUGGUGGAGAAUACGGAUGAGUCCUACUGCAUAGACAACGAGGCGCUCUACGAUAUCUGCUUCCGGACCCUCAAGCUGACCACACCGACCUACGGCGACCUCAAUCAUUUGGUCAGCGCGACCCUGAGUGGCGUCACCACUUGCCUGAGAUUCCCAGGCCAGCUUAACGCUGACCUGAGAAAGCUCGCCGUCAACAUGGUCCCCUUCCCGCGACUGCACUUCUUCAUCCCCGGCUUCGCCCCGCUGACUUCCAGGGGCUCGCAGCAAUAUCGGGCGCUCACGGUGCCGGAGCUCACUCAGCAAAUGUUCGACGCGAAGAACAUGAUGGCCGCGUGCGAUCCGCGACACGGCAAGUAUCUAACGGUGGCCGCGGUCUUCCGCGGCAGGAUGUCGAUGAAGGAGGUGGACGAGCAGAUGCUCAACAUCCAGAAUAAGAAUAGCAGCUACUUCGUCGAGUGGAUACCGAGCAAUGUGAAGACCGCCGUUUGCGACAUACCUCCGCGCGGCCUGAAAAUGUCCGCGACUUUCAUCGGCAAUUCCACGGCUAUUCAGGAAUUGUUCAAGAGAGUGUCGGAACAAUUCACCGCAAUGUUCCGACGCAAGGCUUUUCUCCACUGGUACACCGGCGAAGGUAUGGACGAUAUGGAGUUCACCGAGGCCGAGAGCAAUAUGAACGAUCUCGUGUCCGAGUACCAGCAGUAUCAAGAAGCGAUCGCCGAGGAGGAGGGCGAGUUCGACGAGGAGGAGGAGGGCGAGGGCGAGGACAAGUGAGAUCGUCCCAUCUUCGGAGGAUGUUUAUCGAGUGUUCAUACACCUGCCGCUUCCU